AUGAAAAAAUAUCAAGACCCAAGAGUUAAAAAAGAAUUUUAUAAAAUUUGGGAAACAGCAAAUAAAAUAUUUUGCAAUGGAAAAAUAUUUACUGGUUCCGAGAAUCAUAAAUUAUUAGCUAGUGUUAGUUUUAUUACGAUUCCAUCAAUUCUAUUUUAUGUAUUUAUGUCACCUGAAUUUGCUAAGAAUGGAUAAAAUGGGUAUACUGUAGUGUUCGUAUUGAUUUAACUUACCAUUUACCUCCUAUUAUCAAUAACAGUUUGUAUGGAUCCAGGCAUAAUUCCGAAAAUUAGGCCAGAAUAUGAAAUGGAGGAAGAACUACUUAAAGUGCCCUAAAAAUAUUCAAAAUCAGAUUACAGGUUUAUUGUAGAUUCUAAGAUGUUUACAAUAAAGGCUCAUCAAUUUAAAUUAAAAUAUUGUUCAACUUGUGCAAUUUACAGACCAGCAAGAGCAUCUCAUUGUCCUUCGUGUGAUAACUGCGUAGUAAGGUUUGAUCAUCAUUGUCCUUGGAUUGGAUAAUGUAUAGGUCGUAGGAAUUAUGUUUAUUUUUACUUCUUUAUCAUGUCAGUAUCUUUUAUGCUGAUUUUUGUAUUUGGAACUUGCAUUUCCUAUAUAGUGGAUGAAUCAAAGAAAAGAGCUGAAUUUAUGGAUACAUCUGAUGCAGUAUCUGAGACAAUUGCCCACAAUCCAGUUAGUAUAAUAUUGGUAAUAUAUUCCUUCGGAUUCUCUUGCUUCGUUGUCGGCUUGUGGCUCUUCCAUUCUUAUCUGGUCUUAACCAAUAUGACUACCAAUGAAUAUCUCAAGAAACAUUGGGUAGUCGAGAGUAAAAACCCAUUUAGAAGAUAAAAUAUUUUAAAAAAUAUCGUUCAAGUACUCACUUGCAUUUCCUAACUUAAGUUUUUAAAAUUGAGGUAAUCAGUUUAUGAACCCAAAGAUUAUAUGCAAAGUCCAAUACACACUUAGAAUCACGUUAAUGAAGCUAAUGACUCAUUCAAAAAUAAGGAUGAAGAGCAAGUAUAAACAGAUAAUAGAAAUAAGAAUAAUUAUAUUUCAAACAACAUUCAAAUGAUCACAGAAAUAAAAUCCUGA